AUGGUGUUCCCAGGAAAAUUUAGCACUGGAUGCUUCUGUUGCCGAAGACGAAAAAUCAAAGUGGGUUAUUAUCUUGCGACGAAGGCCAACCUAGCUGCCGACGCUGCGCCAUCGCAGGAAUUGAAUGCGCUGGAUACCGCAAAGAUCUUAUCAUACGUUCCGAGAACUUUCGUGUUCGCCAACGGGUUUUGA